CCAUUUGUGAUCGAAAUCUUAGCCCCAACCAUGAAUCCCACCGUUCUCGCUAUUGACGGUGGGGGUGUUCGAGGCGUGAUACCACUGGAAUUUUUGACUCUGAUACAGGAAAGUCUUGGCUCCUGUUUAUUACAGGACUUGAUCGACAUCAGCAUAGGGACAAGCUCGGGAGGGCUCAGUGUUUUAGCUUUAUUUCAGAAGCGUUGGGAGGUCUUGAAGUGCGCCAAAAUUUUUGAUGAUAUGGCUCGCUGUAUCUUCCAACAACGAAAGAGUUCAUCAUUAUCCCGGCUUUCUCAAUCGGUAUUUGGCAGAUUAUCGCUAUUUAGUACAAUCCAUAAAUGGCUUAUAUGGCUCUUGCAUGAUGGGUGCUAUGACGGGAGUGUUUUUGAUGCCGCCUUGAAAGCAGUUUUCGGCGUCAAGAGCCGUGUUUUCGAUGGUCUUUGCGCAGAACACACAUCCGCAACAUAUUCAAAUACGAGAAUAGGCGUGGUAGCAACAGGUAUUUCCAAAGACACAUCUUCAUUUGUUUUUGGGAAUUUCAAUGCUUCGGAGACCUCUGAGACGGAUCCUGGAUGCGAGAUUGUCCGACCAGUGGAGACGGACUGUGAACCUUUUGUCUGGGAGGCCUUUUUCCCCACAGCUGAUAUCGACCCGCUUGGUUCUUUCCAGGAUGGAGGGCUUCGGGACAAUCUUGCCGCAGAUAUCGCGAAACGGUUGUGUCGGCAAAUCUGGCCCUCUCGGAAAAACCCCGCGCGCAUCUUGUCCCUCGGCACGGGCGCAACGGCGCGAGCGGCCGGCUCCUCACCCCACUUUCGACAUGUAUUUCGAGACAGCUUCUUGCGCCGCAGCUUCAACGCCUGGAUGUCCUUAAUGGAUACAGAGACUGAGUGGACUAAGAUGGUGGAACAGUCAGAAAGUGAGCGCAAACAGGACUAUAUACGGCUCAAUAUUCCACUUCAAGACGAGCCAAGUGCCAUUGAUGCCGUUGAGACGAUGGAGCACUAUCGAAACCUGGUAAUUCUCUACCCGGGAAGUGCCCGCAUGGCCCGUGAAGCUGCCACCGCUUUGCUCAUCUCGCGAUUUUUCUUUGUUAUGUGUACCUUGCCCGAAGACACCACUAGUCCGUUCUGGUGCUGGGGGGUAAUACGCUGCAAGGGGCCAGCCAAACAGAUCGUCGAAUCACUGGAGCAACUCUAUCCACAGGGGCUCACCUUCACAACGGACCUUGAAGUCAUUGGGCAAUUUGAGGGCUUGGGUGAGCUAUGCCUAGACUGUGGACGCUAUUGUCGACCGAUAACGUUCCUGUCACACCAUCUCGACAAGACAGUGAACAUCUAUCUCAAGACGAGGACGAAGAAGCGCUGGCGAAUAAGUGGGUUUCCUGAUAGCUUGGCUUCAUAUGCUCAACGGCAGCAUUUUUAUGCACCGUUCGGACGCCCUGACCAUGGUUGCCCUGGUGCAGCUCUCUGCGGUAGUUGUGAUGAAUCGGUUGGUCCACAGCAAGGGCAGAGACGGAAACGUGCCUCCUUGGACUCGCGACGCGGGCAGAGGAAGAAGGUUCGUGGCGGACCUAGCGCCGAAAUCAGCUAACAUCCAGGAGGAAGAACAAACAGCUACACUGGCACGCAUGCUCAACAUUUACUUAGAAAGAAGUUCAUGGCAG